GCUUGUUCAUCUUCCAGUCGGUGCAGAGAGCCAUGUCGUCUAGCACUGCCGCUACCCCCACCGAGGAAAUCCGCGCGUCGACCUAUGUCGGUUUCGACAGUAUCACUGCUCAGAUUGAGCACAAGCUCUUGAAGCGUGGCUUCCAGUUCAACGUGAUCGUUGUUGGUCAGACCGGUCUGGGCAAGUCGACACUCAUCAACACCAUUUUCGCUUCGCACCUCAUCGACUCGAAGGGUCGCCUUGCUGCUGAAGAGCCAGUGAGGCAGACGACGGAGAUUCACCCAGUCUCGCAUGUUAUUGUCGAGAACGGCGUUCGCUUGCGCUUGAACAUCGUCGACACCCCCGGGUAUGGUGACCAGAUCAACAACGAGGGCUGCUGGGAUACGAUCAUUAAAUAUAUUAAGGACCAGCACAGUGCAUAUCUGCGCAAGGAGCUGACCGCGAUGCGCGACCGGCACAUCCAGGAUACCCGCAUCCAUUGCGCACUUUACUUCAUCAACCCGAGCGGCCAUUCGCUUCGGGCCAUUGACAUCAUCGUCAUGAAGAAGCUAAGCGAAGUCGUUAAUGUUGUACCUGUUGUUGCGAAGGCAGACAGCCUGACUCUCGAAGAGCGCGAGGCGUUCAAGCAGAAGAUUCGCGCGGAGAUGACGUACCAUAACAUCCGUCUCUAUCCAUUCGACACGGAGGAGAGUGACGAGGAGGAGAUUCAGCUGAACGAGAGUAUCAGGACCAUGACUCCCUUCGCCGUUGUCGGCUCUGACCGCAGCGUAAUAAUCGACGGCAAGACCGUCCGUGGCCGCAAGACGCGCUGGGGCGUGAUCAACGUCGAGAACGAGAAGCACUGCGAGUUUGUCUACUUGCGGAAUUUCCUGACCCGGACACAUCUGCAGGACCUCAUCGAGACGACGGCGCAGAUUCACUACGAGGCAUUCCGCUCGAAGCAGCUACUUGCGCUGAAGGAGCAGACGAACCGCCCUGCGGCGCCGUAGAGUGCCUAGGUCAAUAUUCUUUCAUUCCCUCUCGGUGACCCCGUUGUUUUUCCUUUGAAAAUCCCGAUACCCUCUUGGAUGUUCUCGUCCGUACCGCUCGUUUUCACAGGAUAACAGGACUGAAUUGUUGUUUCCAUUCCCGCUGUUAUAUACUGCCGCUACACUCGUUCUUCCUUAAUGCUUACGCUCCCAAGUAUCAUUGGACCAGCUGUGAUCCCGACGCUUUCCUAUUCUGGAAUUAAUACGCAGCGCUUUCCUCUGG